AUGCAAUUCUCCAUAUGGACCAUCUACUCUUUGGCAGUAGCGCUUAUCUACGUAGAGCUACCUGAGGCACAUACGCAGUUCCUCAAAACAGCUUCGAAUCGAACAAAUGUGAUCUUGAUUGGACACAUUGGAGCGAUUGGAGCUAUGCCAAACUACGAAAAGGUCCUGGAUCUUGCUAGGCAGGAGCUUCUCGAUGACGGAACGCUUGGAGAUGAUUUCGACAUUGAGAUCAUCUCACGCAAUGGAUGUGGAGAAGCCUUCGAGGGAGUGGCCGCAGCCGCUGAUCUUUACCACAUCGAACACAUCAAUGCAUUCCUUGGACCAUACUGUAAUGCUGGUAAGCUCAAUCAAUUUUCGUUAGCGGCUAGAAAAUAUGUAUAUCUAUGA